AUGUAUGAAUGGGAACAGAUGAUACACGUUAGCUAUUCUCGAAGGGGGUCCAGGGAGCAAGAAGUGGUUGUUUCGGCAAUUUAUGGUAGCCCGAAUGCAGCUAAUCGCACUGCAUUGUGGACGGAGAUUAAAAGACUCGCUCGGCAAACUACCCUCCCAUGGAUCCUGAUAGGGGACUUUAACUCAAUCUUGAGACCUGCUGAUCGUAUGGGAGGGGCCGGCUACCAAGAAGCUAGAGUUCAACAGUUCAGAAGUUGUGUUAAUGUAUUUCAACUGCAUGAGGUGGGUUUCGUGGGGCCGAGUUUCACAUGGCGUCGAUGGAACCUGUCUCAACGAUUAGAUCGUGCUCUUUGUAACCGUCAAUGGCUGCUGAAGUUCCCAGAUGUUACCACUAAGCAUCUGGCAAGGGUGGGGUCUGAUCAUAGGCCAAUCCUGGCCCUGUCGGCGCCUCCUCGACAAAACCGAAGAGACCGACCGUACCGGUUCCUGGCAGCUUGGCUGGGGCACGAAAACUUCCCUCGGGCUUUAUUGAUGCAUGGGCUCGCAGUACCGAUAUGUUGGGGAAGCUCCAGGACCUUACUGAAGACCUGCAGGUGUGGAAUAGGGAGGUGUUUAGGCAUAUUAUUAGACGCAAGAGACAGUUGA